CCCGGUCUGGGCGGAGACCGCUCGGGAUCCGGGUGGCCGCCGCUAGCACCAGCGGUGGCUUUGGCUGCGGGGUCGGGGUCGUGGUCGGGGCCGAGGGCAGGCCACAGCGAGUUCGGAAGCGAAAACCCCGCAGGCAACGACCCCACGCGAAGUGACCACCCUCGGAGGGAGCCCGUCCAGCCCCUCACCUCCGCGUCCUAGCAGGGCUCCUGGCCUCCCCCUCAAGAGGCUUCCUGCCAGGAUGGCAUCAGCGGGAGACCCCCACACUGGCCCGCGUGAUGCCGCAGACCAGAACUUUGACUACAUGUUCAAGCUCCUGCUCAUUGGCAACAGCAGCGUGGGCAAGACGUCCUUCUUGUUCCGCUACGCAGAUGACUCCUUCUCACCCGCCUUUGUCAGCACCGUGGGCAUUGACUUUAAGGUCAAGACUGUCUACCGCCACAACAAGAGGAUCAAGCUGCAGAUAUGGGACACGGCAGGACAGGAACGGUACCGUACGAUCACCACAGCCUACUACCGCGGAGCCAUGGGCUUCCUGCUCAUGUAUGACGUUGCCAACCAGGAGUCAUUCACUGCUGUGCAAGACUGGGCCACACAGAUCAAGACCUACUCCUGGGACAACGCCCAGGUCAUCCUCGUGGGGAACAAAUGUGACCUGGAGGAUGAGCGUGUUGUGCUUGCAGAGGAUGGCCAGAGGCUCGCCAAUGACCUUGGUUUUGAAUUCUUCGAGGCCAGUGCAAAGGAGAACAUCAACGUGAAGCAGGUCUUCGAGCGCCUGGUGGACAUCAUCUGUGAGAAGAUGAAUGAGUCCCUGGAAGCCAGCUCCAGCCCAGGCAGCAAUGGGAAAGGCCAGACCUUGGGGGAUGCCCCAUCUCCGCAGCCCAGCAGCUGCAGCUGCUAGAGAUGUCCCCAGCUCUCACCCACCCCUUCGGCAGGGAAUGUGACUGAGGCAUGGGCCACAAGGGCUGUUUCAAAGCUCAGGGUUCCCCCUUCCCUCUUGUCAGCUGUCGGCUGCCCCCCUCCCCGCAUGGCUCAUUUUCUCACCAUAGCCGCCAACCUGUCCAAGCAGCUCUGGCACAAGCUCCAGACCCUGGGGGCUCCGCCUUAGAGUCAGGGUCUGGGGAUGUUGAUGUGCACAAGCUUAUGGCUUUUCAGGCAUUUCAGUGCGGGCACAUGGGCAGCCUCUGGGGCUCCCACAGUGCCUUCUGGGUCAGAGCCAUUGUCCACAGCACUCUGUCGGCAUUGCCCGGAGUUCACUGGCUGACUAGAGAUGGUUUGCCUUCUUCCUCAUGCCAUGUGGGUUCUCAAGAGUUCAUCCUUGGAGAUGUGGAAGAUGGCUCCUUGCUCAGGGUCCCCUGCUCUGGUCCCGUGCCUGCCCACAAACCUCCUCUGAUCCCAAGGUUCCAAGGUGGGGAGGCGACUUAGGCCCUGGCAGACCCUCCCCUUCUAGCCUGCAGAUCCUCUGCCUGUGAAAACAGUAUUAAAGCAGCUUUACCUGUUGUGAAGGGAUAGGGAGUGAGAGUCCCCCUGACUUCAGGGACCCCAGAAGUGCCUUUUGAGUUUCCCCAGGAUUCCACAGCACCCAUGACCCUGCCACUGUUUUGUCUUAUCCACGGUGUCAGUGUCGCUGAUCCGGGACAGAGUUGUGGAAUUACGUACCCUGCGAGGCCAGGAGGAGACUCACGUAGCCUCUGGCCUGACUGCUCAGCACUUUUUGCCAAGAGUUAACUUCAGAGCCCCAGCCCUCUGGCCCAAACCUGCCUCCCAAGGGCUGGUGGUGUUUUAAGCAAGGUCUUUCCCCAUCUUACAUCCUGCCAGCGAAGGAAAUUGAGCAAGGCUCCCAUAGUCUGCCCUCGCUGGUGACCUUCUGAUGGGAGGACUUGGGCUCCUUUCACUCGAGGACUGGUGAAGACCCCGAGUCCGCUUCCUGAGCCAUGUCAUCGGUGGGGCCCAGCGAUGGGACGCUUUUUGUUGAUGGAGGAGUCGCUCUAAGGAAUGUUUUGGGUUUGAACCAGAAGAGCAAGAGGGUAGGGUUGUGAAAUUGUUGCUGCCACUUGCACUUCAUGAUACAGCUUGGGAGUGGCAGGCUGGGGAUGGGGGAUGGGCUGGGAUCCGCCUCCCUGGUUGAGGCUUGGCUUCCCAGCUGCCCGGGGCUCCUGCUGGGGUUCUGUGCAGUUUGGGGACCUCCCAUCCUCACACACAUGCCGCGCAGCUCAGUGGCCCUUCCCAUCCACCGAAGGCCAAACUCCAGCGGCACGACGCCUUGCUGCCCUGGAACACUGACCCCCGUUACAUGACAGACACUGUGAGCAGCCUCGACAGAUAGUUUGUGUUCCCGGUUGUACCCUCCCAGGCCCUGCUGGCGAAAGGACCUCCCGUAGCCUUAAAGAUUGCAGCCUCUUCCUUGGGGGCCUGGAGAAGGCCUGGUUGAAGUUUAGUAUAGCUCUCACCUUUAUAGGAGCUCUAGAUUGAAUCUAUUUCCAGGGGGUCCUCUUUACCCCCUACCAGGGUCUGUCUGCCUGUAGAGUUUCAGAGUGAGGAUGUCUUCACUCGCCAACAAAGUAGAGGACUGAUGAAGCGGUCCAGUUCCUGGACGUACACAAAGUGAGAGGACCUGAAUGUUUGGGGUGGGAGUGAAAUGUGUUAGUUGCUUUAACAUAAAAGUGAAAUCAAGUUAGCUAAAAGUCUUCUUAAGAUGCACCGUGGCCUGUCAAGGUGGCCAGUCCAUUUUCCCUAAGCUGCUGUCAGAAAAGACAGUGGGUCCGAGAGCUGUUAUCUGAGGGGCGGGCAAGCCUCCUGUCACCUCCCGGGUGGUUUGGCUGUAUCUUGUACCUGACUCUGCCUGAGCUUUCUGUUUACACAAGAUUUCUCAACAAUUCAGUUUCAAGUAGGCACCAAGACAGCUGCCUCUGGGUUCUCUCAAGACUAGGAAUAACGUAGGAGAGUAAUGUUAUUUUUUGUUUCUGCUAAAAAUAAUGCAAGUUUUUAUUAUAUGAUGUUCGGGGGCAAGUUUAACUGAAGACAGUCCCUGGGGCACAGAAACCGAUGUCCUCGGGGGUCACUGGGGGAGGGAGGUUUGUGGGUUUGCAAACAAAAAUUAAACCAAAGGCUGUGGGAAAACCACCUUCCGACUCCAGAGAGCCCGGCAUCUGGUGCUUUGCCCGAAGCUGGGCCCUGCGUGGGUGCUCUCCCUUCCACCCGUUUGCUUUUAGAACCUGCCUUUUCACAAGCAGUUCGGUGGGAAAGUGCCAGGAUCGCUGUGGUUCUUUCUCUUUUUUUGCUCUCAGGGGACUAUACUCCUGUGUCUUUCUCUCCUGUUCAAUUUAGAAAAACAAGUCAAGGGUGAAAUUUGGUCUCAGCGUUGAAAUGCUAAUUCCGCUAACUGGCUUCUCCCCCACAAUCCCAAACACUACAGAGCAAGCUCAAAACCUGCCCAUUUCCACCCUGGAUGUGGUUCUCCUGCAUAGGCAAUUCUUUGAUGUCCACUUGGAGAGACGUGCACUUUUCUCCACAAGAAAAUGAUAAUAAUAAAGCCAUUGUGUCCAGAGGCAGUUGUUCUUUUAUUUCCAUUAGUGAAAUGAGAUUUCCAGGAAGAGGGCAGUUGAGUCCCAGCCAAGCAGAUGGUCAAGGGCCAUGCCUGAUGCAGCAGAUCCCGGGCGGGCAAGGCCAGGGAGGCUCAGGCCUGCAGCUGUGUCUAGCUAGAACUCAAAACCACUGCUUUGACCCUGGAAAGUUCCUCUGCGUGGAGGGCAGAGAGGAUAAUGUUGCCCCAACUCAUCCUCCUAGGAAGGUCUGUCCCCUCCAGCAGCCAGAGGGCACCUGUGAGCAACCCAGUCUGGUCAGGGUCCCUCUGCCCAGAACCUUCCCUGGCUCCCACCUGACUGGGGGGAAAUGCCAAAGUUCUGGUGGUCUGCAAGGUACUGCAUGAUCUGAGCUGUCACCUCCCUGCCCUCACCUCUUCCCACCUGCCACCUACACUUGCUUUGCUCCAGUCACACUGACCUUGCUGCUAUUUGAACACACCAGGCCCCUGCCUCAGGGCCUUUGCAUUGGCUAUUUCCUCUGCCUGGGAUCCUGUUAUCCCAGGUGCUCACAAAGCUCCCCUUGCUUACUCCCUCUUUCACGGCUUUCCACAAAUUCCAUCUUUUUUUUAAUUUU